UUUGAAUUUGAAAAACUCCAAAGAACCUACCCGUUGCAAGAGAGGGACGGAGGGAACAAGCAGGAAACGCUUAUCACUCAUCAGCCGCGCUUCUGCGCAUUCAAAAUAGACGAACCCAACUUCAAACUUCAAUAAAACCCUAACCCCACCCGCCCUCUUCAUCUCUAACCCUAACAAUCCUACAUCGAAAAGCUUUUGAAUUCAAGAACCACAAGAGAUCGAUUCCUUCUCGAAUCUUUAUCUUCUUCUCAACCAAAGAGCGAUAAUGAAUGAUCUCUUAUCUUGUACGAAUUUCUGAUUCAGCUAGUUUUUCUUAAGACGAGACGGAUCUGAAGUACGCAUCCUCUUUUGGACCAUUAUUAUCGACUUGAUGUAAUCGAUCCGUUUGUUGAAAAAACCCUAGAUCGGAUUCAAAGGUUGGAGUUUUUCGAAUUGGUUCUCUGUUCUUUCGCCUUGGUUGAGUUGACGGAUGCGGAGGGAUUUUCAACGGGAACAGAAACGGGAACCAAAAUAGCAGUGAGUUCCGUCCGGUAGACCGAGUUCUAUUGUAGGUUGCAGAGUGGUUACGCGGGUUCUGGAAGCGAUUCUUGAGUCCAUUUCAUCACAAUUAAAGGUGGCGGGCUCAAAGAGAAGCAACGAGGAAUUGGGAGGGAAAACAGAGACCUCACGCAAGCGGAACAAAAUGAGAGAUCUUGAGUCGGUUUUUCGAUCUGAAGGAAGAGAGCCUCCUUUUCCAAAGUCUUCAAUGAUCAAAGAAGUCACAGAUCAAUUUCUCUUGGGUAAACGAGAAGAGAGAUCUCCGAUAACACAGGAGCCUGUAACAAAGAUUUCUGAUAAUUUUCAAACAAUAGAAACCGGGAGAAACUCUCUCUCUAUCUCUGAAGAUGCCACCCGUCUGAGUUUGGGUCAUAUCGGCUAUCCUCCAAGAAGUAUGGAUCUUAAUGCUGAACCCUGUAUUCCCAAGGAUUCAGAUCAUGAUGAUGCACCAGCAAAUGUUGUUGGCAUUUGUAAACCAUCCAUGGUCAUAAAGCAAGUAGCAGAUCAUGACACUAACUUUACAACCUCAAGGGGUAACGGGUUGGAUCUCAAUGCAGAAGAUGUCUCUAGCUCAAUGUACCAUGACCAAGUUUUCCCAUACAAAAGUCAGAAACACUUGAAAUCUAGGGAUGUUUCGGAGUGUGGGAGCUCUACAGGCCCUUUGGAUGAGAAAGACUCACUGAGAGUGUGGAGAGAGAUGAAACAGAAUGGUUUUUUCUCAUCUACACAUGGAGGCAUGUCUUCUCAUGGAGGCAUACCAAUGCCAAAGCAGCGGGGAAGGAAAAGUAAAAAUGAUACGCUUAAGAAAAAAAUGGAGCUUGCAAAAAGAGAACAGGUUAACAGAUUCACAAAGAUAGCUGCUCCAAGCGGGCUGCUUAAUGAAUUGAAUCCUGGAAUCAUAAACCAUGUGAGAAAUAGUAAGCAGGUUCAUUCUAUAAUUGAGGCCUUAGUGAGAUCUGAAAAGCUUGAAAAUGGUCAAAGCAGGUCAGCAAACAAUCUCAAAAGGGGAACAAAGGAAACAAAUGAUCGAAGGAAGGACAUGGAAAAUAUGCAUGAUUCAGGAACCAGUCAACAUAAUGUUUCUCACGGAAAUGAACCAGGUGGACAGACCCCAAUGUUCUCGACUAAAGUGGCAAUUCCUCUGAAUUCAGAUCACAUGUUAGCUGGCAACUUAUAUUUUGGAGCAAGAAGGGUUUCGGAUAAAUCUUCUGGUGCUUCACACAUUACCUCUGAUUGUGAGCACGAAACCAUUGGACUGAAACUGUCAUCCGAGAAUACUAGUUCUGUGUCUAAUGAGGAGUCGGAAAACCAAGCUACUGUUUCUUCCCUUUCUGUGAAAGCUGCUACAGUAGCUUCCCAAUGGCUGGAACUUCUUCAUGAUGACAUUAGAGGGCGUCUAGCUGCACUGCGACGUAGCAAGAAGAGAGUUCGAGCUGUAAUUCAGACAGAGUUGCCUUUUCUUUUGUCCAAAGAAUUUAAAUCUAACCAAGAGAAUGAUCCUAAUGUAUCUUGUGCUACUGAAUGUUCCAAGCCCCACGAUAUUGCAAAUCCAGAAAUGCAUCAAGCAAAGUGGACUGCAUUAUUUGAUCAGAUGGAAAAGGCACUCUCUGAAGAGGGAAGACAUCUGGAAAGUUGGUUGAACCAAGUGACAGAAAUGCAAUUGCAUUGCGCGAGGGGCCUACAAUCCAUCAACUGGUUCACAGGACAUGGCUUGCCACAAGUAGGCAGAUCAGAAAAUGAGUCCAGAUUGAAGAACAUGGACAAUUCAGACAGGGAAUUAGCUAUUAGGGCAGCUGCUGCUUCCAUCUACUCCACCUGCAACUAUGCCAUGUCAACAGAAAAUGUAUCCUGUUUCUGAGUCUAUUGCUGGUUCAUCCACCAAUGACGAUUCUUCCUAAUUUUAUAGAAAAUUUCUUUGCUGAAUGUUAGCUUCACUAACAUCCAUGUUGUACCAAUUAUUGAGUGAUGUUUCCUUGUAACUUCAGAAACAUUUUUUAAAUCUUUCUUUUGUCAAAUUUUAUUUUUUUGACUGUUAUACCCCUCCUCUUCCGGAUAAGCAUUUGUUGUUAUAGCACUGACGAUUUGUUUUUUAAAGAUCACAAGGAACAUCCAUUGACAA